GCAUCAUGGCUGGUCAUUGAACGUUUCAAACCACUGGGGAAGACUUCCAAGAAAUUUUUUCACUUGUCGUGUGUGAUUUUUUUUGAUAGGAACAAACGCUAUCGUUUCUGUGAUGUUUGUUAUUUGCGAUAUAUGUCAGUGUGAAAUAUCCUCAGCGGAUCUUUAUGAAUACCACGUCAAUGGGAAGCGACAUCAGGUCCAACUGGAGCGGUACAAACGCCGGAAGGACGAGUCCGAGCGCAGUGUGUACGCCCGGGGAUUCCCACCCUCCACCCAGGAGCACGAACUGCUGGCCUACUUCUGCAUGUUUGGACCGGUGGAAAAAAUAGUUUAUGAUGAAAAGAAAUCUAUGAAAACUAAAGUUCCUGCUUUUGCCAUUGUGGAGUUUAAAUCAGCUGACACAGCAAGAUCAGUGGCAACUUAUGGGCAGCACGUCAUUAACAGUCAGCGCAUAGAGAUCAGGCCACGCACAUUUAAAGAACUGCGAACAGAGCCCUACUUUCCAUGGCAACGGGAAGAUAACAAUAGGGAUCUGCCGUGGCAGAAGUAUAACGAGUUACACCAAAAGUUGUCCGCCAACAACAUACAGAUGGGUCCUUACGAAGCCACUCAACCACGGCGCAAGGGGAAAAUAAAAGGCCCCGCACCCAUCAAGCAGGGGAGAGCCAAGGAUUCCGAGGGUCAGGACAUCGUACCCAUCGAUGUGAAGGAGUUCCAGACUUAUCUGGAGCAGCAUCAGUGUGUCGGGAUUCAGACCCAGGUGAUGUUGUUAGUAGAGCUAACCCAGGUCACCACAGCCGAAUUCCAGUCUCGCUACACGAUCUGUAAAACUCUGGAGGACGCACUCAGUCCGUUCUUUCCAGGAAUGACAGUGAACCAGUUUGGAUCCUCGGUCAAUGGUUUUGGAAUCAAGGGCUGUGACAUGGACGUCUACAUUGAUCUGACAAAACUGGGAAUUCCCUGCCGAACCUCGAACAUAGUACUUCCCUACAUCAAGGACCUGUACACACUGAAGAAGAAGAACAGUGGCCCCCUCUCCCAACAGGAAGUGGACAACAUGCGCCCCAUGGACAAACUGAAGCUCAUCCAGCGCAUCAUCACUGAGCACGCUCCGUCGUGCAUGGACACACGCAUCAUCCCGAGCCAGCGCUGUCCGAUCCUGCGAUUCACUGACUACAACUCCCAGAUCAAGUGUGACCUCUCUAUCAAUAAUAAACUGGCCCUUCAGAACACGCGCCUCCUGCAAACCUUCAGUCUGUUUGACGCUAGGAUAAAGCCCCUGGUCUACUCAAUCAGGUACUGGGCCAAGCUGAAGGGCAUCGCGGGGAACCCCCAGGCCUGUAACCGCCUGUCCUCCUACGCCCUCACCAUGCUGGUCAUCUACUACCUGAUGAACACCACGCCCCCGAUACUACCCCCGGUGGAGGAGCUCUCCAGGAUGUGUGGGAGAGAUAGGACCAUUGUCGACCAAUGGGAUUGUUCCUUUGUGUCGGCUCAGUUCAUGCCUCCCACCCCCAACAUACAGACCAUAGAGGAGCUACUGUAUGGGUUCUUCCAGUACUUUAGCCAUUUUGAUUUCCUGGCGAAUCCCAUGUCUGUGAGGACAGGGAAACCUAUCACCUUGGAUCUAUCAGUGCUGGAAAAGACACUCAAGGUUGGAGUAAUCAUCCUUCAGGAUCCCUUUGUUCUCAAUCACAACAUCACACAGAACGUUAACGAGAAGAUGCUGACUAAAAUAGUGAAGGAGAUGCAGCUUGCUGUCGUGAAAUCAGAGCGAUGGUUCGAUGUCGCAAAUGCAGAAACAAAAAGUAUCAUGGACAUUUUUAGUGAGGACGUCCCUGUGGGAUUCCAGCCAAAAAAACUGAAGAUGUCCAGGAAACCUAAGGGCCUAGCGGAGAUCGGGCCGUACCAGUUCUUGAUUGACAUGAAUAUGGACAAGCUGUCGCGGGCGGACAUUCAAACACUGCAGGCCACGGGAAACAUGCGACUCACAUGGUGUAAGAAGAUGAUUGUGUUCCUGUAUCGACAGAUCGAGCGACUCCUGAUGUUUGACUGCGAACUGGCCGUGGUUAAUCUCCCAGUGACGCUCAAACCGUCCCGAACUUACUCGGUAUACAGACACGUUGGACAACCCCUCCGCCCCAUUACAGAGGAACAGGGCACGGAGCAAGAGAUGGAGGGUCAAGAGGAAGGAAUGGAAGGUCAGCAGGAUGUGGGGACCAGCCAAGAGGUGGAGAAAAACUGGUCAGAUCCGAACCAGCCAAGCACUUCCCAGGGAGAUGACCAGCACUUCGCUGAAGAAGCUGAAGAAAGCUCCCAACCCCAGAUGACUGCCCCUGGGGGUGAGGAGUACGCUGAUGUAGACUUUGGGAGCCACGGGGGCUGGGCACCUGCUGGGGAGGGCCCCACCCUUCCGCAUGUAGUGGAUGGAACAGAACUGGUCCCUGUAGAAAACCCACUAGACAAUGAUGAAGAAGAUGAAGAGGAAGCAACGCAGAGAAAGGAAGAAGAGCAGAGGAGAUUUGAGGAAGAGGAGAACCAGCGACAAGAUCCGUCUUAUAUUCAGUAUGAUUUUGGAGAUUCUGAGUAUUACGUCGAUAUGGAUGUCAAAGUCAUGUGUAGGAUUUGGGUGGAGCGAAAAAAUCUGAUAAAGGAGUUAAAAGAAAGAGGGUUUAAGGAAAACUUGCAGUUAGAACAAAUUGUGUCUGAGAGGCUAUUCUACGAGGUGCAUGGGCCCGCCCAGAAGCCAAUCACAGAGUUCCGGUGUGUGAUGCGAUCCUUGGUCUCUGAUAAUGGGGCCUCAGUGCUCGUGGAUUGUAUGGCUGAUACACGACAAAAGGAAUACGACUGUAUUUAUCAUUACAUGAAGAAGUUUGUCCUCAAAAAUGUCGACAAAUUCUUUUAUGCGUAACUAUUUGAAGUGUUAUAUGAAAAAUAUUUGUUAAAAAUUUUUUUUAUUUGCUGUAUGGAACAAAGAUGUUUGUUGAGAAUAACAUAUUCAGUUGAUUGUCUCUUGUACAUGGUGUCUUUGUAUUGGUGAAGUAAUAAAUAAAUAAUUGGAAAUUGCGAUAUAAACAAGCAAUGAUGGGAGAGGCUUGACAUUAACAAAAAAAAGGAAGCUUGUCUCCCAUUACUCUGAUCUUUAAGCUUGAUAUAAAAAAUCAGCCCUGCUGCUCUAGCGUACCAACAAUCAGUGGAAAUUUAGAGACGUGUAUGUAUAUUGUACCAGUUGGUCUAGGUAUUCAUGCAUUUACAUUCCUGUUUUCAUAUUAUGUAUUUAUCAUUGAAGUACUUGUGUCUGUACAAGAA